GUCGUCCGCUCAGCACGAAGUGUGUUGUUCAGAGUGUUUUACAAUCGUUUCCAUUGUUUCGCGCGUCGCUAGUUGGUUAUCGCCGCCUGCUGCCACCUGCUCCGGCUACGUGCAUAAUGGGCCAGUAACAAGAUCCGCCAGCGAACCGAAGCACGCCAACGAUCGCCCAAAAGGGGCUCUUUCGCGAUCACGCUCCAUAAUACUCUGAUGGGGUGGUGGGCUUGAUCCGUCUUAUGAUCCGGAUCGUGGGAAGAUCGCGGUCAUUCGGCGAGGAGCCUUCGGUGUGACUGGAUGUGCGCCGGAUUAGAGGAGACCCAUGGUGUUGUAGCCGGUUUCGUUUUGUUUUGCGAGAAAGAGUGUGAAAAAUUACGAGUGUGUCCCAAGUUUGCAUGGCAACUUACUAUUUGCUUGCACCACAGUGAAACGAGUGAAUUAGUGGGACGCAACCAGGAGAGAAGUGGUGGCACAACUGACGGUCGGUUUUUACGAGAAAAGGCAAGAACUCACCGCGGACCGCUGUAGUUAGAAUCGCCAAAAGAUGGUGAUUUCGAAGAUAUGUUGCAUCGGGGCCGGCUACGUCGGUGGGCCAACCUGCAGCGUGAUGGCGUUGAAGUGUCCUGACAUCAAAAUAACGGUCGUCGAUCGCAGCACCGAGCGGAUAGCCCAGUGGAACUCGGACAAAUUGCCCAUCUACGAGCCCGGCCUGGACGAGGUGGUGCGACAGUGCCGUAACCGGAAUCUCUUCUUCUCCACCGACAUCGAGACGGCGAUCCGCGAGGCCGAGCUGAUCUUCAUCUCGGUCAACACGCCAACGAAAACGUACGGCAAUGGGCGGGGCCGUGCGGCCGACCUUAAGUUUGUCGAAGGGUGCGCCCGGAUGAUCGCCGAAAUGUCGCAGAACAGUAAAAUCGUCGUGGAAAAGAGCACGGUGCCGGUGCGGGCCGCCGAAAGCAUCAUGCACAUCCUGAAGGCGAACCACAAACCGGGCGUCAAGUACGACAUCCUGUCGAAUCCGGAGUUUUUGGCCGAGGGCACGGCCGUGGAGGACCUGCUCAAGCCGGACCGUGUGCUGAUCGGGGGUGAGCAGUCGGCAGAGGGCCAGGCAGCGAUCGAGAAGCUGUGCUGGGUGUACGAACACUGGAUACCGAAGAAGAACAUCAUCACGACCAACACCUGGAGUUCGGAGCUGUCGAAGCUGGCCGCGAACGCGUUCCUCGCGCAGCGCAUCUCCUCCAUCAACUCACUGUCGGCCGUCUGCGAAGCGACGGGUGCGGACGUAUCGGAAGUGGCCCGUGCCGUCGGGCUCGAUUCGCGGAUCGGGCCCAAGUUUCUGCAGGCAUCGGUCGGCUUCGGUGGCAGCUGCUUUCAGAAGGACAUCCUGAACCUGGUGUACAUCUGCGAGGGCCUCAAUUUGCCGGAGGUGGCCGCCUACUGGCAGCAGGUGAUCGACAUGAACGACUACCAGAAGACGCGCUUCUCGCAGAAGAUCAUCGAGUGUCUGUUCAACACCGUCACCGAUAAGCGCAUCUCGAUCCUCGGGUUCGCGUUCAAGAAGAACACGGGCGACACGCGCGAAACACCGGCCAUCGCCGUCUGCCGAACGCUGCUGGACGAGGGCGCCCAGCUGAACGUGUACGACCCGAAGGUGGAACCGGAGCAGAUCCUGGCCGAUCUGACGCACCCGGCCGUGACCGACAGUCCGGAGCACGUGAAGCGUGCCGUGCAGAUCUUUGCCGAUCCGUACGAUGCGGUGCGCGGGACGCACGCCCUCGUCGUCUGCACCGAGUGGGAUGAGUUUGUCGUAUGUCAUCCGCGGCCGAAAGCCGCUGCCACCGGCCCCAGCAGCUUGCCGCCCGUUUUUGGUGCCGUGCCGCCGCCCGUUUCUAACCAUCUUCUUCCCGUUGUUCCCUUCCCUUUCGUUGUCUUCCCACAGAGUCUCAACUAUGAGCGUAUCUACGCGUCGAUGAUGAAACCGGCGUACAUCUUCGACGGGCGCAAGAUACUGCCGCACGAGAAGCUGCAACAGAUCGGGUUCCAUGUGCAAACGAUCGGCAAGCGGUUGUCGCCGCAGCAGCUGGCCAACGGGACGGCCGGCCAUGCGGCGGCGGCUCCUUCCCUCACGAACGGACACUGCGCGGGUGGGGGAGACGUGGCGCAGGCCUAGUAGCUUUGCUGCCUCGUAGAUAGUACCGCUAGUGACAUCGCUUCGCCAGUAGAUUAUUACAUUAACCGUGCCCACAAGGACGACAACGACGAUGAUGAUGAUGACGAUAAUGAUGAGGACGACGGAGAUGAUGACAGUCGCCUUCCGGGUGCGGGACAGAGGAAAUUAUUCCCUUUCGGAGCCACCUUCGGUCAGCGGUUGCUAUCGAACGAAGCCGCUGCCGGCUGGUGGCAAUGCUUUUUGCGCCUGGACUGCACCGGAACUUUGAAGCCCUUCGAACAACAACAAUCACAACAGCCGCAACCAUCUCCCAGGCACCGGUUACAGCUGUACCAACGGCCGUACGACGGAGCACCACCACCGCCGCCGCCGGAACCGCACCGGUGCCAGAUUGGGUGUCGCUUUGUGCGCAACGUACGCCACGCGAACUCCGGGACGCCCAAAAGUCCCGCGGGAAGCGAUGGCUCCGGUGAUGACGGUGAUCACUUAACGAUACCACCGGAAGAUCGAAAGUAUUACUACUGACAUCGAGCCCUUCCAUCGAUUUUCCCUCCCCAAACAAACAUCACGCAUCGAUCCCACAUCACACAACGACCGUACGAUCACGAUCGCGAUCGCUCUGACUAUCCCGAACCGACACCGACUGCUGCAUUCAACGGACGCUUCUAUCUCUCGCUAACCUUUUCCCUCUCUCUCUCUGCACCUAUCUAUAUACUCGCUAGUUAUGUAGUCCUCUAGAUCGUAAUAAUUCCCCAAUAGGGGUGGCUUUAUCGAGCGCUAUAGGAUGGUAAGCGAAGCGUGGAUGUGUAAAGGAAAGGAUGUAUAAUAUCCUUGCCAUCCUCUCAUAGGCCAGCUUUUAGCGGUAGUAUUUCUUGCAUUUUGUUGUGUCCGAUCGAACGCCUCCGGAAAAGGGCACUUAUUUAGUAUUUUGUUUCUGUACGAUUAAGGAAAAGGGCACGCGUGCAUUGAGGCAAGGAUCGCAGCUUCUCAUAGCCAAUGUUCAAAGCUAUGCGUACGCGAGUUGCAGAGAUGCUGACAGCCACCGAAAGGUUGUUGAUUGCUUGCAAUGUAACAAUUGGCUUAGUUUGUAAGACGAGUGUACUUUUUCCAAACCCCUCGGUAGUGGCGCGGAGCAAGCAGCGUUCCUUUUUAUAUCCACGAGAACCAUUGCCCGACUCAUUGAUGCACGAUAAGACAGUGAUGAGUAAGUGAUUAAAGCAGGAGAAAUAUAUUUGUGUGCUAAAACACGGAAACUCUCAAACGCGGCAGUGAUCCAAUGGUGGACACCGACAGAGCGAACACCCA